AUGACGCUGCUCUGCUAUAACAAAGGCUGUGGAAACAAAUAUGAGGCCGACCAGAACAAGGCCGAUUCCUGCCUCUUCCACCCGGGGGUCCCCAUCUUCCACGACGCUCUCAAGGGUUGGUCCUGCUGCAGGAAGAGAACCACCGACUUCUCAGAGUUUCUCUCCAUCAAGGGUUGCACCCGUGGGCGUCACAGUGAUGUGAAGCCCUCGGACCCCCUCCUCCCGGAGGUCACAUCAGAUAAAGGGGAAAUCAAACAGGCCAACGACCGGGAGAUAAUCUACAAGGGACCCAAAUCUGCAGAGACGCUGCAGAGAGAGAGACCCAGUUCCGAGGAGCCGAAGACCAAAUUGCCGCAGAAAGUGUCGGCGUCUCUGGCUCAGGUUCUGGAGAAGCUGAAGAUCAGUGACCGAGCCGAGAUGGAGCAGAAAGAGAGUCAGACUGUGAUGCAGGGAACUCGCUGCAAGAACUCAGCGUGCAAAACAGUCUUUAACGGUCCAGAGACGGACCUGGAGGUGUGCACCCACCACCCGGGGGGGCCGGUCUUCCACGAGGGGUACAAGUACUGGAGCUGCUGCUGCAUCAGGACGAUAGACUUCAACGCCUUCCUGGACCAGAAGGGCUGCACCUCAGGGAAACAUCGAUGGAUCCCAAAGCAGGACAAGAAGAAGGUUGCGUGUCGACACGAUUGGCACCAAACUGGAAAUAAUGUUGUUGUAACAAUUUACGCCAAGAACGCAAACCCCGAGUUCACCUGCAUCGAGGCGAACGGGACCGUGCUCUCGUGUCAAAUCCAGUUUGAGAGCAACAAGCUUUUCAAGAGAGACUUCCACCUGUGGGGGGUGAUGGACGUCACACAGAGCUCCGUCAACAUGGUCCCGACCAAGGUGGAGGUUUUCCUGCGUAAGGCCGACCAGGUGUCCUGGGGCAAACUGGAGGAUCCCAACCACAAACCUGAGCCGGAGCCCGAGGAGAACUCCACCGAGAACCAGCAGCCGGACUGGGACAUCGCCGACGACGACAUCAGCGACUCGGACGAGGAAUGGGCCUACGACACGCCGGAGAACAAACAGCUGGAGAAGGACAAGGAGGAGCGCAAGAAGAAGGUGGAGGAGGUGCAGAGGAAGGAGGUGGAGGAGGAGAUGAAGAGGGCGAGGGAGGAGAGGAGGAAGGAGGAGGAGGAAGAGGAGAGGAGGAAGGAGGAGGAGGAAGGAUACGAGGACAUACCCGAUCUGGAGUGA